CGGCGAGCGCGAUGUCCUCCGACGCCCCGCCCGGCGGCGGCGGCGGCGUCCCCUCGAGCGCCGCCGUGUGCAGCGGCUGCGAAUUCGAAGCCCCGUGCGUGAGCCAAGGCCUGUGCGUCGACCCGACGGUGUUGCACGUCGCCUCGCGAGAUCUCGGGGCUUCGGACGACGACGACGACGGCGACGGCGACGGCGACGGCGCGCGCAAGGAGGCGUACCUCGUCGAAGGGCAGCUCGUCGUCCGAGGGAAGGACGGCGCGUGGACGCCGACGACGCUGCGCGCGAACGCGCGCGCGGCGGACGGCACGCGCGCCAUCUCGCGAGAUCCCAUGACCGCGGAGCAGUGCCUCGCGCUCGGCAUCCCCGCGGACCCGGAGGAAGCGCGAGCGUUCCUCCUCCGCGCGCGCGCGGACGCGGUCCCGCACGGAGACCAUAUCGACUACCUCAUAAACGGGACGCUCGUCCACGUCGUCGGAGGCGGCGGCGGGGAUCGAACCGGCGGCGACACGUGCGGCGAGGACUGCCGACGCGCCGGGACGUGGCCGGCGGCGUCGUCGUGAUCGGCUUAGAGUCCAGCGCGAUGAGCCACCGGUCGUUCUACGACGCGUUCUUCGUCGAGGUGCUCAUGUCCGUGGACAACGUGUGCCUCUUCCUUCGUCUCUUCGACUGGUUCGGCGUCCCGAGAGAGACGAGGCCGGGGAUACUGCUCGCGGGGACGCCGAUCCUGUUCGCGAUCCGAGCGCUGAUAUUCUUCGCGCUCGACGAGGUGUAUUACAAGAUUCGGCCGCUGAUGUUCGUCGUCGGGGUCGGGAUCGCGUGCCAGGGCCUCCUCGUGCUUCGGCAUCUCCGUCUGGCGCGGACGACGAAUGAUACGCGCGGCGACGACGAAGCGGUCACUACGAAGGACGACGAAGACGAAGAAGACGGCGGCGACGGCGACGGCGGGGAGCAGAUCGCGCGCGCGUGCGCGCGCGUCUGCGGCUGCGAGUCCAGGAUGACGACGUACGACGGCAGCGCGUUCGUCACGCGGACGAAGCGAGGUGUCAUCGCGCUCACGCCGAUGCUCCUCUGCGUCGGCGUCGUCGAGCUCUUCGACGGCAGCUUUUGCGUCGACUCGGUGUCCACGGUGUUCGAGCUCGAGCACCAUCACGUCUUGACGUUAUACCUCGGCGACGUCGUCGCCGCGUGCAUGAUGCGCGCGCUGUACCCGCAGCUCGCGGGGACCGUGGACGUGUUCCCGGACUUGAACUACUCCGUCUCCGCGGUGCUCGUCAUGGUCGGCGUCGACAUGUGCAUGGGGGUCUUCGGCCGAGAUAUUCCGUCCGUCACCGCGGCGUGCGCGAUGGCGGGGGCGUUCGCGUGCGGGAUAUGCUCGAGCGUGAUCAGAGGGAAGACGUGCGGGGACGUGAGGAACAUAUUCAUGCGCGGGCCCUGCCCCCGCCCCGGCGGCGGUUUUGGCGGAGACCAUAACGACCGCGGAGGGACGCGGUCGGGGGGGUACGGGAGCCUCGUCGCCGGGGGCGCGUGACGACGACGUCCGACGUCGCCUUUCGCGCGCUGUACUCUCUAAUACGUCGCAUCGUAGAUUAGCUCCUAGCUAUGUAAUGCGCGUCGCGGGGACGCGCGCCGUAGUCUACACGCGCGCGCGCCGCGCCGAAACGCGCCGCGCGCUUCAUCCCC